AUGGAUAUUUUGUGUCCUAAUUAAGGGCAUAAAAAUUAGAUUGAAUUUGUUUGUAUGAGGGAUUCUUGCCAAGAAUAUCGCUUUUCUUGCUUUGAAUGUUUGCAAGCUGGAAAUCAUAAGAGCCAUAUAGAAGAUGUUCAAAAAUUUUCUUCGUUUUUGAAUUUAAUAAAGUAGUAAUCAUCCGAUUACGAUAAUCUUAUGAGUAAGCUUGAGAAUUGGAUUAAUCAUAUGAAUAAUUAAUGUGGGGAACUGAAAAAAGGGUUAGAAAUGAGAUACAAAGAAAUAACAGAAUUAGCUAAGAAUUUUAGUAUAAAUCACUUUAAUGAACUUUCUUCUUGUUUUUUCUCAUUUCAAAGGAGUAAAGAGAAACUGUAUUCAAUGAUUGCAGAGAGUGUAGGAAGUCUUUCUGAAACUAUUACAAAUGGUCGAAAAAUUUUAUGUUUAGAACCAUAAAUUCAAUAAUAAGUAUUUAAUAAAGAAUUGAAGCCAUUUAAAUAUGAAUUAAUCAAUAAAAUAAAAGAUGAAUACAUAUUUGCUUUUGCGUUUAAUAAAGAAGCUACUCUCUUAGUGGCUGGCUACGAAUCAAGCAAAAUAAGAGUAUUUGAGUUUGAGCAAGGAUAAUUACGAUAAUUAUAGGAAUUGAGCAAUCAUAGUAAAAGAGUUCGAUGUGUAUACUUUUUGUAAAAAUCGCCUUCAUUUAUCUCUGGUAGCUAUGAUCGUUCGAUUAUUGUAUGGGAGGCCUCAGAAAAUAGAUAGUUCUAUUGUAAGUAACAACUUGAAGGUCAUACUGACGAUAUUAAUUGUUUGAUAAUUAAUAAUAAUGAGGAUUUGAUAAUAUCAGGUAGUGAUGACAAANCCUGCGGUAAUAGAUUUUGUCGAUAGCGGAUACCUUUGAAUGAGACUAUGAUAUUUUAAGAGAAAUUGCAUAAUAUAUUUAAAUUAGAUAUUUUUGAAAUAACUAAAUAAUAGAACUUGACUUUUACACGACAAAAGUAAAGAAAAUAAAUUUGGAAUUCUCUAAAUAAGUCUUUACCUCAGAAUAAUAAAAUGUAUAACAAUUAUGCUGUUAGAUUUUGA